GUUGAAAAAUAACAAGUUCAAUUCGAAACACAAUUUAUAAUGAACAGUAAAAUUUAAAAAUAAAACGACUAAUUGGAUCAUAACCAAAAGUCACCAGGAAUCAUUUAGCUGUGCCAAAGGCAAGACCCUGUCUGACAAUUCUCAGCAACCAAGCACUACCUAACUCACGUGUCGGAAUUGGUACGUGUAACGCGCAGGUAACGUCUACCUACGAACGGUAUUGAAAAGUGAGGUAAAUGCACUGUUGUAGCGUGCAGCGACGAAAAGAUGGAGUCUGCGCCGUUAGACAGGCGACCAGCAGACUCGUGUCCGACUCUGCGUCAAUCGCGUGGUGCCGUUUCAUCAUCCACUUCCACAGCUAUUCAGCCAGACUUUACGUUUCGGUGUUCGCUCACUUCAGUUCCGUCAAGAAACAGAAACAACGUCCCUAACAGUGCGGACUGAUCGAGUCAGUGAAUUAGUGUACUUGACUGACAAGUUAACCUGUAACAAUAGCCUGCAGCACCGUCGACCCACCGGCGCGAAAUGACAGAGAAAGCCAAGUGUAAAGUGCCACUAAGCAGUGUUGAUAAUCAUUUGAGUCAAAUACGAUAAAGUGGGAGUGAGUCGACUGGUCAUUCGACCGAGCUGAAUAAUCGUUAGACUCGAUCAAGUUGAAGUUUGUCGGGAGGGAGCGACAUUGACUUGCGAAAAUGUCUGAUCCCGAUCCUCCGAGUUUAUUAAAUGGGGGCUCGCCACAAGGAACGAGCGCCAGAACUUCGUAAGCACUGGUACAAAUUGUCUCGAGUCUGUCAGUUGAUUCUUGAACGGCGUAGAGGAAGCAUCGUCCUCGAUCCUUAGGCCAAUUUUGUAAAUAUAGUUCUAAUUAUUGACAAAGCUCAUUUUCAUGAGUAUACUCUGUGAUAUCAAGAAGCAUUCGAAGGACUGAUUAAAUAAUGGAAAUUUCGUAAUGAAGUAAAUGGCCAUUUUCUUUUCCCUUUGAUACUUUGAAAACGGGCUGUGUUAGCAAGUAUUUAUAACCAGUGUGAGUCCUCGCCAAAAAAGUUUCGUACACGCGCCAAAUUAAGGAAACAAAUAUUUAGUCAUCGUUCGACGAGAUUAUAUCCUUACGAAGAUGGAAGCUGGACUUUGGAUUUUCGGCUAUGGAUCUUUAUGCUGGCAUCCUGGCUUUGAAUUUGAAAAGAGUCUCACCGGCUUUGUUAAAGGAUUUGGCAGAAGAUUUUGGCAGGGAAACACGACGCAUCGCGGGACUAAGGAUAAGCCCGGACGCGUGGCGACUCUCGUCGAGGACAAAGAUGGCAUUGUCUACGGCCGAGCUUUUGAGGUCAAGGGGGAGGCCGCUCUGCCAUAUCUGGAGAGAAGAGAGUGCACGCUCGGAGGUUACCUCUCGAUACUAACCCAUUUUCAUUCUCGUGACGGCACUCGAAAUUUUCCGGUUUUGGUUUACAUUGCUACGAACUUGAAUCAACAUUGGCUUGGCGAGGCUCCACUUCACUCUAUAGCGCGACAAAUAACCGAAUGCUCCGGACCCAGUGGACAUAACGUAGAGUAUCUGUUGAGACUAGCAGAUUUUAUGCAUCAUCAUCUUCCUGAAGCCCACGACGAGCAUCUUUUUACAUUAGAAAUACUUGUUAGAGCAAGAAUCAAGGAGCUUAAUCUGUGCCUAAGGACACUUAUGGGCAAUCGGGAAUUUCACAUUGAAAUUACUGAGGAUGAUAUCAAUCCUGCUGACAAUGAGCAUGACGACGAGAACAAUAUGCUGAGACAAGACUCGUUUCAAUAUAUAUCACGAGUACCGCCAAAGACUUUACGCUGCUUGAAAAUGUAGACAAUUUUUAUAUUUCAUUAAUGCGACUCUGUGGAUAAUGCCGGACAUUGAUAAAGCAGAUUCGUAUGAUGAUUCAACUAUCGGUAAAGAAAGCCGCUACUAUAUAUAUUAAAUACGUUAUUAUCGACGGAAUGAGCUCUUGCAGUGGGAAUGAAAGAUAAAAAAUAACCCUUUAUCAAAAUUUGAUUGACGAGUACUCUAAAAUAUUUUGUAUUUCUUAUUAUUUCUUUUGGCUGUACCAGAUUUCAGAAAUGCGGCAUUUAAUUACGAAACGGCAUAUGGAACCAUGGCAAAUUUUGUGAUGAUUGUCUAUUCCCUCAGUAUUGCUAGAUGAUAAUCGCGCGAGCCUCAAGCGGACUCGAGAACACUAACCUCAUCCGAAUUUCACGGAUUAUUUUUAAAAAUUUUAUAACUUGUACAUAUUAAUAUAUACGAACAUACAUAUAAAUUAAUAUACUCUAUAGUACACAUGUGUUUUGCUCUCGAAGUAUCCUGGCGGAUCAUUCUGUGAUCACUGCCUUAGCCAGGUGUAAACGCCUACGAGUCACGCGUCGUUCCUAACAAACUCGUACGUAGAGUUCGAUUAAUUUUAAUUUAUAAAUUUUUAUUGCUUUAGGCUGUAAGCUACUGUACUUAUAAGAUUUCACUUUUUAUCUUCUUAUCAAAAUGAUCAACAUGAAUGGUUCAAUACAAGGAUUUGUGGCAAUUAA